UUGGGUGUAUGUAGCAUGCCUCGCGGUCUGCUGAGCGAGGGUUCAUACUCGUCGCUGGACCCAGUCUACAAAGGCACCACCGUGCCUAACAUUAAGGACGGUAGAAUAAAGAAAGUUCUAAAGAUGUCUAAGGCCAAGAAGAGAUUAAAUUUUAAUGAGAUAUUAUUCAGUCAGUUUGAUAAUAAUGAAGAAGCGGAAGUGAAUAUCCUCACGAAGGAAGAAAGCAAGGAAGAGAAAAUGCCCACCACCAAUGCUGAAGAAGCCGCCCUGCUCGGCGUGGCGCCGAUGGACAGCAUGGACGACAUCGAGUUGAAGAAUAUUCAGCUCCAGUUCCCGUCCGCGCGGUGCUUCGGGGAAGCGGCCUGCACCGAAGUGCGCGUACGCACCGACCGCGGGGACAUCCUCGUGGCCGUGCAGGGCGACCGCAACAAACCCGCCAUCUUCACCUACCACGACCUUGGCCUUAACUACAUCUGCUUCCAGCCGUUCUUCAACUUCGUGGACAUGCGCGCCUUGCUGGAGAACUUCUGCGUGUACCACAUCAACGCGCCGGGGCAGGAGGAGGGCGCGCAGAGCUUGCCGGAAGACUACAUCUACCCGACUAUGGACGAGCUGGCCAAUCAGCUCAACUACGUGCUGGGCCACUUCGGCAUCAAGUCGUUCAUCGGGUUCGGCGUCGGCGCCGGCGCCAACAUCUUCGCGCGCUUCGCUCUGGCCUACCCGCAGAAGGUGGACGCGCUGGCUUUGAUCAACUGCACUUCCAACCAGUCGGGCUGGAUCGAGUGGGCCUACCAGAAGAUGAAUACGCGCUCGCUACGCGCCCGCGGCAUGACGCAGAACGUGCUGGACUAUCUCAUGUGGCACCACUUCGGCAAGUUCCCCGAGGAGCGAAACCACGACCUGACGCAGAUGUACCGCAUGCACUUCAACCGCAACGUGAACCCGACCAACCUGUCGCUGUUCAUCGACUCUUACCUACGCCGCACCGACCUCGGCAUCUCGCGCGACGCCGAGACCAUCAAGGCGCCCGUGCUGAACAUCACUGGAGCCCUGUCGCCUCAUGUAGAGGAUACGGUGACGUUCAAUGGCCGGCUACACCCUAACAACUCCACCUGGAUGAAGAUAUCCGACUGCGGCAUGGUUCUCGAGGAGCAGCCUGGCAAGAUCUCCGAGGCCUUCCGUCUCUUCCUGCAGGGCGAGGGCUACGUGGCGCCGCUCUCGCCGACCAAGAUCGUGCUGUUCCGCCGCCUGUCGGACGCCGGCCGCCGCCGCCCCUGCCGCCACUCGCCCGUCAUCCGCAUCACCGAGAACCCCAUCUCGGAGGCCAUCGUUUGCUAAACACCUAACCCGAAUGCCACGCAGGUGCGAUUGUCUAUUACAAAUACCAUAGUUUACCCUGAUAAAUUGGACUUUGGAGUUUUGAAACUAUGGUAUUGUCUCAUUGGCCGAAUGACCGAGUCAGUAGAUUUUGUUUGUUUACGUUCUUUUUAAUACCUAAAAUGUUCUAAUCUCGUUCGAUAAAUCUGCUGGAUGCACGAUGUCUCCGAUGGUCGAGGUCGGUUGACGUGUUAGCUCAGUUAGCUGGCCAUGCUGUGAUGGCACGCUUUUCUGAAGAAUUAUUUAUAAUAAAAUAGUUUUUUCGGCUAAUCGCACCGGCGUGGCUUUUGCCUAAACAUGACCUUAGCGCAUACACCCAACUAUUCGCCCAAUCGAACUUGCUAACGUGUAAAUAAAGAAACGUAUUUUUAAAGACCAAGUACAAAUAGUACUAUCUUACGAUGGACCUAUCAGAAAGAAGCUACGCUGUUCUAGACAUCCGUGCUGCGGAGCUAUAAUGCAGUUUAACUGUACUUAAAUAACAAGCGCAAAUGUCGAAAAUUAUACUUAGAUUGAUUAUGAUUAUUUAUUACAUAACAUCGAAGAUUUGGAUAAAUCACGGCAUUAUGUUAUGUACCAAAACAAACAGAAUAAUAACUGUGCUCUAGUGCACCUAAUUAUUGCAUUGAGUCUUUCUGUUGAUGAUGGUAUUUUUUUUUGCAAUGAACGCUAAUCUCUCAAAUGGCGUGUAGUUAUUUUGUUAAAGUAUAUCAUACUCUCCCCUAGUCUAAAAAGUUUGUCUGCCGCAAUAUUCGUAACAUUGGUCCUUAAGAGGUUAAUAGAUAAUUGUAUAUUUACAUAUAUUCCAUGUUGAGUGUAUGCGCCUUGGGAAAGGGGCGUAUUUUUGCGGAAUUCGUUUCCUACCGCUUGAUAUUUAUUUUUAAUACAAAAAAGCUUUAAAACUAUUAAGUUACGGCAUGAAUGUGAUUAUGAGCGUUGUUCGUUGAUGAUUAUUUAUAUUUUAUUGGUAAUAAAAGUAAAUUAUUUGGCUAAGUACACGUGUACGUAAUUUAUUUGAAUAACAGUGACCGCGAAGGGUAGGUAUAAUAAAGUUUGUUAGGUAGCAUCACAAACAUUGUUAACAUAUAUUAUAGUUUACGACGGAACCAAAGAAUCGUGUAAGUGUACAUAUCUUGUGAGGACAGUGGAAUGUAAAUAUUCCGGGACAAUGGUAAAAGAGCUCCGCGAGCCACCGGUUUCGUACCCUUUUGUGGUCGAGUGUCGAGGCGCACUUAUCUCGUACCUUUUUAAAAUAAUUUUUAUUACCCACUGGUAUAAACUAUACAUGACUAUACAUAAGUAGGUAGGUACUUACUACAUCUAUGACGUAGUGUUCGGUUAGGAAGUCACUUUACACUACUUGUAAUUGUUUUGUGCCGCUCGAAACUAAUAUUUAGUUUGAUCACAUAACGGCGAGAGGGACAACCCAUUGACUUAGUCUUAACGCCUGUUGUGUGCGUGAGUCAACACGUUUCUCAAGUGUGUGUAAUUGUAAUAUUCACUUGUAAAUUAAUACCGGUUGUUUCUUUCGCUGUAAGGUCCUUAGAGUGAGAGGAAACGUCGGCGGUUCGCUAGAGCCUCGCUGGGUGCUAAGUUAAGACCAAGAUAGAUAUUCGAGAAUGAUUAUUUAACGUGAAAGCGUUUUGGAAGAUUGUUUUGCCUAUGUAUGAUGCCUAGAUAUAUAUGUAAAUCAAGUUUUAAAUAUAUUUUGUACUCGUUUAUUUUAUAUUAAUCGAAGUGUUGUGAUCAAAUUGUCUGAGGAAUCUUUUCUUUGUUUAAGUUCAUCAGUAUUAAUUAUGAGUAAGAUAUUUUUAGUUGUCUGUUUUAUUAAGAUUUUAUUGAAAUCACUCACUGCUUUUAAUACGUAUAAAGUGUUUAAAUAUAGAGGAGAUUGCUUGUUCCAUUACAAUUGAUAUCAUUACGUUAAGUAUUUAAGUGUGUUGUUGUCCGGCGUAGAAUCUUCGCCACGCUUGAGCCAGGGGAGCGCUUAACUAACUUAACACUAAAUGUUCAAACAGAUUUGCUAUUUUAAAAUAAUAUAUACUUGGAUUGUAUCUACUCAAUUGGUAUGUUAUACGAUGUUUUAAGUUAGUUAAUCGCCAGUGUCGUGCAGCAUUAAGGGUGGGCGUUUCUCUUCGUAGUUAGGUUAGAUCUCGAUCUGUAGCUGGAUCUGACUAGGACCUGUUCGGGCCGCAGUGCCGCCGCGCGCCGCCCGGUACAAACGUGUCAAAGGAAAGUUUUCAAUAUUGCGAAAAUUCUCCACACUUUUGUUUGGAAACUUUCUGGGCACCCGUACCAAACCAACAGGCCACGCGCGCCGCCACUCGGGGCCCGCUCCACUAUGUGCUUUGUAGAGGUACAAUGGAUAAUAAAAGAGUUUUAUGAUUUCUAGAUUUUUAAAUAAGCAGAUUACCUUUUAAAGAAAUCAGCCUAUCGUGAGGUUUUACAUAUUGGUACCACGAAGUGGAAUAGCCUCCAAAAAGAUAAUUCGUCCUCAGCUUGUAAAGCUUUGACAAUAAUUUAAUAUUAUACUCUGAAAAUAACCGUCAUUCGUUUUUUGUUGUUUUUUUUUAGUUAGUUAUCAUUGAAAUCAUGACAAUAAAACAAGUUUUGACGCUCAAAAUCCCACAAUUAUGGAAUUGAUUACCUAUUGAAAUAUUAAUUGCUACCGCCAAUACGCGUGUCACAUACAUAUAACUGUUAUCAAACCACCUUCGUUUGUAUACAGGUUGGAAGGUAGUUGGGACAAAGAGCGGGUAGUACGUACACGUACAAGUACACGUACACCUUUUUGAAUCCUUUAAACAAAUAGUUCUGAUACUCAUUGUUAGGUAACUAAAAGGCGAAUUAACUGUUUGGAGCUCACACAAUUGUAUGCUGUUUUUAUUAGGAUUUCUUUUUUAAACCACUUGCUCUUAACGAAAUGUCAACAACUGUGUUUAUAAAUUGUGUGAAUUUAUGAUGGUUCUAAUAAAAAGUGAUUUUACAAGGA